UCAAUCAUUGUUUUUAGCAAAAUAGCUAGGACGCUCGCUCAGUCGUCUUCUCAUUGGCUGGUAACCAGGAAGUUAUUAGAAUGAUUUUGGGGGCGCGAAACCAGAAACAGAAAACUGUUGUCGUUUUUUCUUCGGGCUGCUAGACCACCUAUAGGCUACGUUUGAAGAAGCUAGUGGUUGUGGUUUUUGCAGCCUUUUCGUUCCUCGUCAUGUGUGAAAAGAUCAAGAAGUGAUGUGGCUUCCUCAGGUGAACAGCUGGCUCGGCACAGUGUUUGGGGAUCAGGCUGUGCCGCAGUUUGAGGUCAACACUAGGACAGUAGACAUACUGUACCAGCUGGCACAGUCCAGUGAAGCCCGGUGCAGUGACACAGCUCUCCUCAUAGAAGACCUCAAACAGAAAGCUUCAGAGUAUCAGGCUGAAGGUGCUCAUCUCCAGGAUGUUCUUCUACAAGGUGCUGGCCUGUCAUGUGCAAGCUUGUCAAAGUCUGCUACUGACUACUUGUCAUCUUUAGUAGAUAAUGCUAUGGUGCUCGGAGUCAGAGACACAUCGCUGUGCAGCUUUAUGCCAGCAGUGAACAACCUCACCAAUGAACUUCUGGAAGCAGAGAAGUCAAACAGAAGACUUGAGAGGGAUCUCAGGGCCCUCAGAAAGAGACUUGGUGCCACUCUGGUGCUGCGGAGCAACUUACAAGAGGAUAAAAACAAAACGGUCAAGUCUCAGUCGGUGGAGAGCGCUAAAGCGGAGGAGAGGCUGCUCAGCAUGGGUUUCGUGACGAGAAAGACUAAAGAGUUUAGCAACACGAGGGAGAGGGCAGAGGCUCAACUUGUAUCCAGGAACAUGGACAAGUCCAUCACGCACCAAGCUAUUGUGCAGCUCUCUCAGGAGGUCACUGCACUCAAACAAGAAAUAAUUCCCUUGAAAAAGAAACUGGAGCCUUACAUGGACCUAAGCCCAAGCCCAUCUCUCGCGCUAGUGAAAAUAGAAGAGGCAAAAAGAGAGUUGGCUGCGAUUGAUUCCCAGUUUGAGAUGAACGUGGAUUUCAAGUGAAGACGCGUGAAAUUUUAGUCUUUCCUGUUUUGAGUUUUACAUUUUCAGUUUGAAAAGUAAUAAAGUAACCGUUUCCA